AUUGCAACCUGCAAUGCCAACAACUUCAAGGAAACUGGGUUGCAGCCAAAUCAUCCAAAUACGCUACAAUAAACAAGGAGCCAAAACCAAACAAACACAUUUUUCCCCAUUCCGUUCCUCUGUAAUUUCAAACAAGGUCUAAUUAGCUUAUCUGUUUUUCUGUCGAACACAACAUGGCAGAAGCUGCUGUUAUUUUUGUUUUAGAAAGGGUUGCUGAUGUACUUGCUGAAAUCCAUUUUCCCAAGGAUGUCCGUCCAGAAAUCCAGCGGCUGAGAGAUGAACUGAAGCGGAUGCAGUGUUUUUUAAAAGAUGCGGAUGCAAAGCAAGAAAGCGAUUUACAGGUACGUAAUUGGGUUUCUGAUGUCAGAAAUCUUGCUUAUGAUGCUGAAGACCUCAUUGACACACAUAUCUUAAAAAUUGAAUCCUUCAAGUACAAGAAGCGGAACUUUUUAUACAGAUAUGCUUCCACUCUCAAAGCGCGUACCAAAAUUGGGAAGGACCUUGCAGCUAUCCGCACAAGAAUCUCUGACAUUGCCAUCAGCCAUGAAGCAUAUGGCAUAAGAAGUAUCGGAGACGGAACCAGUCAUGCCAUUGCCAAUGAAAGGCUACUGAAGCUGCGGCGAACAACUCCUCGUGGUCAGGAUAAGGAUAUUGUUGGUCUGGAGGAAGAUAUAGCUACUCUGGUGGCACGCCUUGUCCUGGAGGAUCAAUGGCGAGCAAUUUCAAUAGUAGGCAUGGGUGGUAUCGGUAAGACCACUUGUGCUAAAGAAGUCUAUAAUCAUGGUGAUGUUCAAACUUUUUUUGAUUGCCGUGCUUGGGUUUACGUAUCCCAACAGUUUAGAACAAGAGACAUACUGCAGAGCAUUAUAAAACAAGUUGCAACAAGAACAAAAGACAUGACUAAGUUGUUAGAAGAAGAGUUGGAGGAAAUGCUCUAUAAACUUUUGCAAGGGAGACGCUAUUUGGUUGUUUUAGAUGAUAUAUGGAGCACCACCGCUUUUGACAGUCUUGCAAAGGCCUUCCCAAGUGAUGGCAGUGGCAAUAAAUUAUUGCUUACAACUCGCAACAACAAUGUUGCUCUGCAUGCAGAUGCCCAAAGCCUUCCCCAUGAACUGCGAUUUCGAAGCCAAGAGGACAGUUGGAAGUUGUUAUGCAGAAAAGCAUUCACCGAAAGUAUUGAUAGAGUAUGUCCUCCACAAUUGGAGGAAAUUGGGCAGGAAAUUGUGGUGAAAUGUUCUGGUCUACCACUAGCCAUCAUUGUGGUGGGGGGGAUGCUUUCAAGGAAAAGAAGGCUGAGUGAGUGGCAAAGGGUUCUAAACACCAUCCGCUUACUCUUAGCCCGUGAUCCCAAUGGUGUCUCUGCAAUACUAGCUUUAAGCUAUUAUGACUUGCCGUAUGACCUUAAAUUUUGUUUUCUCUACUUGGGGUUAUUUCCAGAGGACUACUUAUUCUCCGCACGUAAACUUUUUAGGAUGUGGAUUGCAGAGGGCUUGAUCCCACAGCAUGGCGGAAAGAUGGAGGACGUUGCGGAGGAAUAUCUGAAUGAGCUGAUUGAUAGAAAUAUGGUUCAAGUAGCGAGGUGGAGUGCAAAUGAAAGAGUGAAACAUUGCCAAUUACACGACUUAAUGCGAGACCUCUCCAUCUCGAAGGCAAAGGCAGAGGAAUUUCUAUAUAUUCAUGGGAAUCUAGAUACAGUAGCUCCAGCCAGUUAUCAUGCUCUCUCUCGAGCCCGCCGCCAUGCUAUCUACUCUAAUGGUUCUCUCUCCCUAAAAGAGUCAAGUCCCAACCUCCGGUCGCUCCUCUUCUUUAAAGUUGAUCAGAUCAAAUGUGAAAUUUCGAGUUAUGAUAUAUGUACAUGUUUUAAACUCCUUAGAGUCCUGGAAUUAGAAGAAUUGAAGGUGAGUUCAAUUCCAAGGGAAAUUGGAGAAAUGAUCCAUUUGAGGUACUUGGGAUUGAAGCAUAGCUCCAUAAAGGAGCUUCCAGAAGAAAUAGGUUGUUUGUCUAACCUGCAGACUCUUGAUAUUGCCGAAAAUUUCAGUCUUGGGAAGAUCCCUGAUGUGUUAUGGAAGAUGAAAAGCCUACGCCACUUUUACAUGCAUGCACGGCUUCUUGCUGGCAAGUUGCGAAUUGACACCCUCCAAAAUCUCCAGACUCUAUCAGACAUGCAUAUUGGUAGUUGGAAUGAAACCAGCCCCGCCAAUUUAAUCAGUCUCCGAAAGUUGGGAUUGAAAGGAAGCUUCACUGCAAACAGAGUAAGAAUUUUCAAUUCCUUAGCCAAGCUUGUAAGCCUCCACUCCUUGUCGUUGAAGUCUGCUGAUGUUGUGUUUCCAUCACUCUCUCAACUCUCUUCUCUUCGCUAUGUCAUUAAGUUGCAUCUGAGCGGUGGGAUAAUAAAGCUGCCUGAGCCACAUGAAUUCCCACCAAAUCUCAACCAGUUAACCUUGUAUCAUUCCCGUCUUGACAAAAAUCCUAUGGAGAUACUUGAGAAGCUGCCUUAUCUAUUUGUUCUCAGACUAAAAAGUUCUUCUUUCCUUGGAAAGAAACUGAAAUUUUCACCCAAUGGCUUUCCUCAACUUGAGUUUCUAGAGCUUGAAUUUUUGGAAUUUUUGGAAGCGUUAGAAGGUGAAGAAAGUGCAAUGCCAAAGAUUAGGAGUUUACAAAUUGUCGGUUGCGGGCGAUUACGGAUGCUCCCGGAAGAGAUAAAGUAUGCAACUACUCUCCGUGAGUUAGUGUUCAAAGAGAUGCCAAGAAAUUUCCUCGAUAGGCUGCAAGGCGAAGACUCUCACAAAGUCCAGCAUGUUCCUUCUAUUUUAAAGUUAUAAUGGUCUAAUUUGCAGGCACCAGGUUCAGACAAACAAAAGUGGAUUGCGUUCUGCAUAGAUUCGUGCCGGAACAAUUUGGAUCAUGUGUUGUGCACUCACUUGUUCAGUGGCAGAAAGUUUUCUCACAUGUCAAUGAGACCAUAAAUUUCUUACCAAUUGGAGAGAAGAUCAGAAAACAUCCAGCAAUGAACUUCCAUUCUUGUAUAUUCAAACUUGUUAAGGUUAAUGUACUGUUAUAGCAAAAGCUGUGAUACAGUUAACAGCAAUGUUUAUGUUUAUGUUUAUGUUUUUGUACUGAAGUGGUAAAUUAUGUAAUAAAACUUGAGUUUAGCUGUGUGGCUAAUUGUUCUUACACUUGUAAUUAAGCUCUUCUUUGGUGGUGUU